AUGGGAGUUUUAGGACUUUGGAAGUUAAUCGAACAGUCUGGUAAGCCGGUUCCGUUAGAUACUUUGGAGAACAAAGUGUUAGCAGUAGAUAUAUCGAUUUGGUUGCAUCAGGUGAUAAAAGGAUUCCAGGAUUCGAAAGGUAGCGCAUUACCGAAUGCUCACGUGCUUGGUUUAUUUCACCGUUUAUGUAAACUGAUGUACUAUCGCAUCAAACCGAUCUUCGUAUUCGACGGAGGUGUUCCAAUAUUGAAGAAACAAACCAUUGCAAAGCGUCAUCAGAGCAAAAACAAUUACCAAAAUGAGGCUGAUCGUAUACAGCAACUAUUGCUUGAAACACUGGCCAAGGAAAAAGUUGUCCAGCAAGCCUUGGGAUCGGCUACAAACAUUCUCAUAUCACCUUCAAAGAAAGCAAUCACUAGUGGUGGUCCUAGCACUAGCAAGCAACCCGAUCGUGAGGAGGAUCCUGAUGCGAUAUUCAAACUGCCACCGUUGAAAGCACCCGAAGAACCGAUCGACUUGGAUCGUAGCGAUAGUUCGAUGGAUGAAAAGUCAUCCCGGCACUAUUAUCAUCUGAACUUGAACGCAAUCGAUGUGACCAGUGUAUACUUUAAGAAUUUACCGGCCGAUGUAAGGCACGAGAUUCUGAACGACAUUAAGGAAACUCGCAAACAGUCUUCUUGGGGUAGGCUUCACGAGCUACCAGUUGAAAGUGAUUCGUUUUCGUCUUUCCAAAUGAAGCGCUUGCUUAAGAGACGCCAGGUGCAGGUUGAGCUCGAGGAAGCUGAGAAGGAAAUGGGUGGAAAGUGUCUUUCACUGGCCGAGUUGGAAUCUUUGCUGACCGAAGAAGGUGUAGAAACAUCUUCGAACAGAGCAGCACAACAGAUCGCAUCGGAUGAAAAUACCCGUUUCUUGUUGGUGCGCGACGUUCAGAAAGCAAUCGAGAAAGCAAAAGCACGCGAAGAAGCUGAAAAGCUAGCACCAAAAGCACCGAAAUUGCCAAAGCUUUCUAAAGAGGAUUUGGCGAGACAAAUGCCCACGGACGAAGAUGACAAAGAGAUGGAUGAAGAGCUACAGCUGGCGAUCAAAAUGUCGUUAAUGCAGGAUGAAAAUCCUCACGCUGUAAUCGAGCUCGACGAUGAUGAGUUGCGCAUGUCGAGGAAACAAAAACAGACACUGGGAAAUGCUGCACAAAGCUUAGCGCGUGGUUUUAUGCUCGAGUAUGGUGGGAUGACUAAUGAAGAGUUUAACGAGCUGUUGCAUCAAACGCAGGAUGUCGAUGGAGGGGACAUUAAUGAUUCGAUGUCGCAAAUGUUUGCAUAUAAUGGAGAUUCCAUUGUAAAACAUACCUCCGUGACUAUACAUGAAGUGGAAGACGAGGUUGAAAAGAUAGCGGAGGAAAUAGAGGCUCCAGAAAAGAAUACCAGCGAACCUGACACAGAAUCCGAUUCGGACUUUGUCGAUGUGCCGGAGGAUAAUCUUAACGAUUCGCUAGAAGGUAUUUCACUGCCGUUGAACAGUACCAACCAUUUCAAGCCGCACUACAAGCCAAUCGUUGAUUUUACCAUUGACGACUUGAAACAGUUAUCUGAAGCAGGUCCAUCGAAAAAGAAGGAAGUCGUGGAAGUGAUCAUUAAGCACGAGGAUAUAGGAAUGUGCGGUAAGGAUGAUAUAUUUGCUGAUAUUUUUACAGCGAAACAAGAAAAUUCGGCUGAAGCGGUAGAUGCUGAAAAGAAAGGGUCUUCUUCGCAGAACCAACACACUCAACCGAUGAUCAGUAUACCGAAGCUACAGGUGAAUGAUCUUUUGCAAGAAGAAGAUAGCUCAAAUAAUAUCAAACAACCGAAAGUUAAAGAAUCAAACGUUCCGAAAGCGUUUUUGGGUUUAAAGAUAAAGAAAGUAGAUGAUAUAAAUGCGCAGCUAAAGGAAGAACUAGAAAAUCUAAAGAAAGGUCCAUCGGUAAUUGAUUUGGAGGAUAUUGCUAAAACACCAAUCUUGUCCCAGCCUGAUUCAGUUGCGCCUAGUACAGAUUUGAAAAGUAUUAAUGAAACACUCAAACAACAGCUGGAAGAAUUGAAAUCGAGUGCAAAUGCUUUUAAAUUGGAUGAAAUUAAACUGGAUGGUGUGGUGGAUCUCGUCGGGGAGCCCCAAGCAUGCAACAACGAUGAAGAUGCCGAUAGUGAUGCGACGAUUAUUUAUGAUGCUGAUUCUAGCAUCCAAAAAACUCCCACUAAACAAAUUGUGCCGGACAACCAACAAAAGGAUGAAUCAAAAACUUCACCGAAAGUUAGUGAAGGUGCUACGGUAAUUGAAAUUCUGGAUAGUCCUGCCAAAAAAGGAACUUUGGAACACUUAAUUGUUGCACGCACACCCGGAAAAGAUUCACAAAAAUCGAACGAACCGGAAGAAUUGGUGCCACACGUGACGAAACCAUUCUUCGUGAAUAAAACUCCUCCUUCGGCGAAGCAAUCAAACCAAGAAUCUUUCACAGAAAAGCAAACUACUCCAGCGAAAACUGUUUCGAAGGAGUUGUUCCCCGAACCCGAGCCAGUACCUUCAACUAGUAAACAGAUGCCACCACCGGAUCCGAAACCUGUCAGCGCGGAAAACCUCAUCACCGAAAUGGCGGACACACUGAAGGAAACUCACACGCCGCUCGAACUGAAACGAAUGGCGCUUAAUCUGGCACAAACGGAACGUGAGCUGGAACGUGAAAAGAACAAACAGUCACGCUUGGGCGUAUCGAUAACCGACCAGAUGCGUAACGAUUGUAUGGAACUGUUGCAGCUUUUCGGCGUACCAUACAUCGUGGCACCGAUGGAGGCGGAAGCACAGUGUGCGUUUUUGAAUCAGAUCGAUAUGACGGACGGUACGAUUACGGACGACAGUGAUAUCUGGUUGUUUGGUGGAAAGAAAGUGUACAAAAACUUCUUCAACCAGCAGAAACUAGUGCUUGAGUUUACCAUCGAGGGUAUCGAGCAGAUGUUUCACAUGGAUCGCAAAAAGCUGAUCCAGCUGGCGUUGCUAGUGGGUAGCGAUUAUACGACGGGUAUUCAUGGUAUCGGUGCAGUAACCGCACUGGAAAUAUUAGCUUCAUUUCCACCGACACCGGAGCAAGCAGGAGAAACAUCCGAGCUGAUGUCGAUGUUGUCGGGAUUGCGAAAGUUUCGUGACUGGUGGCAACACGGUAGGACGGGAGCGUCCGGAACUAGGAUGGCAUUGAAAUCGAAGCUUAAAAACAUCGACAUCGGUGAUGGAUUUCCAAGUACGGGAGUGGUCGAUGCGUACCUGCGUCCAACAGUUGACUUUAGCGAGGAAGAAUUCACCUGGGGUUAUCCAGAUGCGGAUCGACUACGUGAUUACGCACGUCAAAAGUUCGGCUGGGCACAAACGAAAACGAACGACAUACUGUUGCCGGUGCUGAAACGUUUGGACGAGCGUAAAUCGCAAGCAUCGAUAAAGAACUACUUUAAGGUGCAGAGUGCCAUCGGUCAAAGCAGGCUGAAGGUCAGCAAACGAGUGCAGCAUGCCGUCGACACGAUGGCGGGCAAGAUCGAUCCAAAUGAGGGGAUAAAAUCGAAGAAGAAAAGUGCAACGAAACCAAAACAACCUGGUGGUCGGAAACGGAAACAACCUGUCGGGAAGGGCACUAUUGAAACGAUCGAACUCGAUUCGAUCGAAGAAGACAACGAGAACGGAGAUGAAGAAUCGGGGAAAGUACUGGACGGCGCAGAAGAAAAUAAUGUUGUUGAAGCAACAAAACCGACCAAAAAACGUGGCUCUGCUCGAAAACAAGCAACUGGUGGCGCAGGUACGUCAGCAAAGCCAAAACGUGGUCGUAAAAAAGCAUUAGAUGGUGGUAUCGUCGAUACGACCUCGACUGAUGGCAAACAGCAGUCCGAUCCGGAAUCAUCUCCUUCACAACGACCCACACACUCGCUGGCAAAUAUUGGUGGAAUCAUUGCCAACAUUAACCAUCAAUCAGCCGGUAGUAUGGAACCGGAGGUAGACAACUCCUUGGAAGCACGAAGAAAGCGAAUUGGAAACAAAAUGCCGGACUUUAAUCCGGCCAUACCGCAACGGGUGAAGGACGAACAGGAGAUGGUGGAACGAAAGCGACGGGCAGCCGAAUUGUUCAAAAAGCUGAAAGCUAACGAUAAGCAGCAACGGCAGUAG